GAACUGAAUGCAUGGCACGCUGUUCUCUAAGUCGGAAUUAUUUCAUCUUUAACCGUUUUCUGAAGAGUGGCUAUAGUUCGUGUCUAGAUUGUUCAUGAAGACUGUUUGACCCUGGACCUCGCUGGCGUGUGGAAACGCUGUGAUCAGCUGUUUGAUGAGAGGCGGAGGAUUCUUUGGGUGUAAUGUUUCAGAUUGUUGAGGAGAGUGGACCGUGGAAGGCGGAUGGCGUUAAAGCUGGAUUUACCCGCUCCCUGGCCGACUUUAGGAUUGUAGAAAGCCGGGCAUCAAGCGUGGAGAUGGAGGAGAGAAUUCGGCUUCUGGUGCUGGGCCUGCUGACGUGAACGAAGAAGAUGUCGCAAAUCCGUCCGAUGGGGAUAGCAAUGUGCCGACACUUCUCACAGAGGGUUGAGGACAGAAAUGAUCUGAAGUUCAAAAAGAUGCAGCGUUACACCAAAGCUUUCUCCAGUGACGAUGAAAAAGAGAAGACUGACACAAGAAAGGGGUCGAUCUCAGGAGACCGCAAGCUCAGACCUAAAAACAGGAGGCCUUUGAGCAGGUGGCAGAUGAUUCACCAAAGUGCUUUGGGUUUGGAGAUGUGGCAAGAAGAUCCGAAGGAGGACCAGGACAUUAAAUAUGUCUAAGAAGAGAUUCUCUAGAUGCUCACAGAGACUGCUGCACACCAAGAGCUGCAGCUAGAGAAAAGAAGAUGCCAGAUAAAGUGUGGGAAAUACUCUGAGAAGGAAACUUUAAUGGGGGAAAGGAUGAGGGUGACCAUGGCAGAGUCGAAAUCAGGUGUCAAUGUCUCCGUCUCUGGCCAGAUCUGUUCUGUGUGAGCUCAACCAUUGGUGGAGCCAUUUGAGGUUUCGCGUUCAAAACAAGAAAGGAUGGAACGAGAUGUUGGAUGAGAAUUUUUUGCUCUACACCAAAUACGUAAAUGACAUUCCUCUCUUCUUUGCGGCUAAAGAGAACAGUGUUGGUUGUAUCAAGAAACUUCUGAGUUGUGCGUCCACUAAUAUCUUUGAGAGAGGUGCUCUUGGUGAGACAGCGCUUCAUGUUGCUGUGAUGUACGAUAACCUGGAGGCUGCUGUUGCUCUGAUGGACGGAGCUCCUGAACUCAUCAAUGAGCCCAUGAUCACCGAGCUCUUCCAAGGUGUAACUCCUCUCCACAUUGCUGUAGUGAAUCAGAACAUCGAUCUGGUUCAUCAUCUGAUUAGUCGAGGGGGUGAUGUGGCUACACCUCGAGUCACCGGUCUGUACUUCAGGAAGAGGUUAGGAGGACUCAUAUACUAUGGUGAGCACAUCCUGUCUUUUGCUGCAUGUACUGGGAAUGAGAGCAUUAUCUCCAUGGUAAUUGAUGCAGGGGCCAGCACCAGGGUCCAGGAUUACCGUGGUAACACAGUGCUUCACAUUUUGGUUCUGCAGCCCAACAAGAUGAUUGCAUGCCAGGCCAUAGACCUGAUUAUGGCACGCGAUGCAGAGCUGGACCAGUCAGUGUCACUCGACAUGGUGCCCAACUACAAAGGCCUUACACCUUUUAAACUGGCUGCCAAAGAGGGAAACAUUGUGGUCUUUGAGCACCUGGUUAAUAAAAGGCGUGUAGUACAGUGGACUCUGGGCCCUUUGACCUCUAACCUGUAUGAUCUGACAGAGAUCGACUCAUGGGACGACAACAAGUCAGUACUGGAGCUCAUAGUGGGCAGUCACAAGAGAGAGUCAAGAGAAAUAUUGCUGGUGACCCCCGUGAAGCAGCUGGUUAGUCUGAAGUGGAACCUGUAUGGAAAACAUUACUUCAGGCUGCUGCUGUUACUGUAUCUCCUGUACAUCGGGACCUUCACACUGUGUUGUGUAUUUCGCCCUCUAAAGGACGCUCCAGAGAACUACACAACGUCAGACAUGGACAAAACCACUCGAGUCCAGAAAACACUCAAAGAGAGUUAUGUGACGUAUGAUGACAACCUGCGGCUGGUGGGCGAAAUCAUCAGCGUCAUCGGAGCUUUUCUCAUCCUGUUGCUGGAGAUCCCUGGUAUACUGAGAGUGGGAGCAAAGCGCUAUUUUGGUCAGACAGCACUGGGAGGUCCCUUUCAUGUUAUUCUUAUCACCUAUGCAUGUUUGGUGUUGCUGCUGUUGGUGUUCAGAAUCUGCGAAGUGCAUGGAGAGAGAGAGGUAAUGGCAGUGUCUUUAGUUCUUGGCUGGUGCAACAUCAUGUACUUCGCCCGAGGUUUUGAAACACUCGGCCCUCAUGUCAUCUUGAUACAGAAGAUUAUAUUUGGAGACUUGACAAAGUUCAUGUGGCUGAGUUUCAUUAUGCUCAUAGGUUUUUCCAGCGCUCUGUGGGUCGUGUAUAUGACCCAAGAUCCUACAUCCCUUCCCCAAUAUCGCUCCUUCCCCAUCACCCUCUUCUCCCUGUAUGAGCUCAGCAUGGGCCUCAUAGAUAUGCCUGUGGACCACUCCUUCACCACCCCCCCGAUCGUCCAUGUGCUCCACUCCACCUUGUCUGUGGUCUGCUGCCUCUUUCUGCUAAAUCUACUGACAGCCAUGAUGAGUGACACACAAGAAAGGGUGGCCGAGGAGAGAAAAGAGCUGUGGUGGACUCAGGUGGUAGCCACAACUUUGAUGCUGGAGAGGAGGCUUCCUCGCUGCCUGUGGUCUCGGAUCGGGGUGUGUGGGCUCAACUAUGGUCUGAAGGAGUGCUGGUAUCUCAGGGCUGAGGACAGAACCGAUCCGAUGUUUGAAAAGAUGCAGCGUUACAUCAAAGCUUUCUCCAAAGACAAUGAAAAGAAGGAGAAGACUGGAACAGUAAAGGAGUUGUUCUCAGAAAGCCCCAAACUCAGACCUAAAAACUGGAAGGCUGUGUCAGGGUGGCAGCUUAUUCGCAAUAGCACUUUGGGUUUGGAGAGGGCAAAAAUAGCCAAAGGAGAACCACAACUUUAAAUGUUUUCUAGGAAGAGGCCUUCCAUCAUCUUCCAUCAUCUUACAGUACUGAACAUUAGGGCUGCAUCAAACAUAUUAAAUUUUAUUUGAUUAAUCUAACGAUUAUUCUUUUUGAUUUGCAGACUGA